AACUUCUUGCUCGCAAAACUCAUGGACACUAUGCUUUUAGAGAGAGGCGUGAGAGAGAUAGAGGGAGAAGUGAGAGGGAGAGGCGUGAGACAGAGGUCUGUGUUGGGAGAGAGGCGUGAGAGAGAUAGAGGCAGAAGUGAGAGGGAGAGGCAUGAGACAAAG